AUGGACGAGGAAGUUGAUCACGCACCUGGGCCAGUGCACAGUCCUGAGACUGUGCCCAAAGACGUCUUGUUGCGUCCUCCUCGAGUCGCACCAGUUCACCUUGACUACUGCUUAUUCGUUCAAGUGCGCGUCCGCCCUGAUCCCCCUGAGCCUGGGGAAUGGAGAAAGAUAUCGCCUGACACCAACGUCAAUGAAUCCUGGAUGGUCAACAUUCAAUCUAUGACUUGGAAACACUUCCAAUCCGAAUACAUCAAGCAGAUAGUUCCUGGAAAGCCCUUCUUGGUUGAUUAUUUUCAAAGCGUCAACGAGACCAACAAGCUAUCUUGGUACGGGAAGAUCGAAAACGACUCAAAGUAUGGCAUUCAAACUCGGAUUGAAGGCCAGCUUGCCUUCGAGGACUUUGCAAUGCAAGCUUAUGAUGCAUACCCCAGCAGGGUUGAAAUCCGCGCCAUUAUGGAAGAGCCAGUGCAUGCAUUACAUGCUGAACACAUUUUGAUAAAACAGUUGGGCCCCCUUGACCCCUCGGAGGGAUCGGUGGACACCAGGAAGUAUAGCUUGCCCAAGAUCCCAUGCAAGAGGAGCCGGAUCGCCUUGGGCGGGGGCCGUGAUGGAAUGACGUCGGCUUGCCAAGAGGAGCCCUUCGACGGCAUUCAAGUCUUAGACCCGAUCACCGGCCUCUACAGUGCCAUCACCCCUAAAUUAUUACGACUAAACCCAAAAUCCCCGGCAUCAGCUCCGGCACACUAUGUCGACAUGCCUUUUUAUCUGAAAGUGGCACACUUGCCGGACACAGACGAGGUAACUUGUGCGCGACUGAUUGUCAACGGUAUCAUCCAUUGGACUUUCUUUCAAACUUCGAGCAAAGGCGAGCUGUUGAAGAUGGGCUUCCCAUUGGGAACCAGCCGUCUGCUUAGCGACGGGGUGUCCCAAUUACACCAAUACCUCCGGGAGCAUCCGAAGGGAAUCAUCAAUGACGGUGAAGUCAGCAACGGGUCCGCAUCAACCCCAUCAACCUCGAAAUUGGCUUCGCCGAAGGACCUUGAUCACCUGGAGACUUACCUGAAUGUUGCGCUCAUUGAAAAGAACGAUUUGUUGACGCGUGCGCUCAUGAAGAUCCACGGAAUAGUACACUGGUCUUUCUUCCGCAAAUCCUCGGAAGAUGAACUCACCGAGUUAGGAUUCUCUUUGGGGACUAGCCGACUGCUGAUCGCGGGAGUUGUGGAAAUGCAACUCAUGAUGGCAAACCACUCAACUCCGAAGGAACACUCCAAAAAGUAA